AUUGUUUUCUCUCUCUUCCCCCUCUCUCUCUCUCUCUCGUACGCUCUCCCUCUUUCUCAUCAUCCCACAGUUUCAUCUCUCUCACUCCCCAUCUCAUCCUUCACCAUAACAUCCACACCACAACCUCCACCACCAUCUACGAAUCAAUCACUCGUCAUGAGAGUGAGGGAGUGGCCAAGUGAGAGAAGAUUUACCGGCGGGAGAGAAGUUCUGGCGAGGAGGAGUUCCGGCCGAGAGAGUUCUUGUGGUCGUUUGUGGUGACGCGGCGGUGCUUGGCAACGGCGGCAAUGAAGCUUCUUGCUCCUUCUUUCCUCUGGUUUGAUCUCAAAUUGCUCCAUGGAAGGAUAAUGUUCCUCCAUGAAAUUUGAUCUUUGGAUGUCAAUAAACUCAGGUGACUAGAAAAAUCACUAUGACCACAAUUUCAUAAAGAGAUGAAUGAUGGUUGGGUUGGUUUGGAAAAGUCACCUGAUGGAUCUUUCAAGAAGAAGAUUCUGGAUUAGGGGUAUGGCUUUUGUCUAGGGUUAAAGCCAUCAGGGAUUUUUUUGAAAUCUAUAUCAAAGGAAGUUACUGGUGUUGAAGUCAUUUACCCAUCAAGCAAGGAAGGACUCACUGCCUUGGUGGAGUAUAAUGAAAAGAAAAUAUUUGAGGUGACACUGAAGGAAAUGAAGUCUGCUUUAACAACACAGAUAACAGAGGAGGCUGAUAUAUCUGAAGUUAUUGAGACUGUGAAGCUUCGGGUUAGAGAUGCUAAGUUGCCAGAAACUGAGAUUGUGCGGAUCUUAUGGGAUGUUUUAAUGGAUGGUGUUCAGUGGUCUGGUAAAAAUCAGCAACAGAAUGCAAAUGCUGCCCUGCGCAAGGUAAAAACUUGGGCAGAACUGUUGAAUACUUUCUGCACCAGUGGAAAACUUGAGCUGGAACUGAUGUACAAAGUACAGAUGCAAUGCUAUGAGGAUGCUAAACUGAUGAAACUGUUCCCUGAGAUUAUUAGAUCUCUCUAUGACCAAGAUGUGCUGGCUGAAGAUACCAUUCUUCAUUGGUUCCGUAAAGGAACAAACCCCAAAGGAAGGCAAACCUUUGUGAAGGCACUGGAACCCUUUGUUAAUUGGCUGAAAGAGGCUGAAGAAGAGGAGUGAAUGUGACUGAGGUUUAGGACCAGAGAUAGUGCACUGUCUUUAGCUCAUGUACUAUUACCUAUCCUCUUUCUUAGAUAUUGACUCAAAUUCUCAUAAAUUUGAUGUGCCUGGUACUAAUAAUCUAUUUCCUUGUAGACUUUGUUCACACCAUCUGUCAUGCCCUCAUGUAUCGUGGUGCUUGCAUUUUUUCGAUACAUAUGUGAGGAUUAUGUUACAUGGAUGUAUUACUAUAUUUUGAGUGUUCACCCUUCAUAAUGGCUUUUUACUUU